AUGGGUACUAGUUCUUUCUCCACGACCCUUCCAAUCAUCAAAGUUCGUUUCUUCUUAUGCUUUUGCCUUAUCGGGAUAGCCUCAGCUCAGUUGUCCUCUAAUUUUUACGCAAGAACGUGUCCUAAUGUGCUUUCAACCAUUAGGAUGGCAGUAAACUCUGCUGUUGACAAUGAGGCUCGCAUGGGGGCUUCCCUGCUCCGUCUUCAUUUCCAUGAUUGCUUUGUUCAAGGAUGCGAUGGAUCAAUACUAUUGGACGAUACAUCGACUUUCACAGGUGAGAAGACAGCGUUUCCCAACGCUAAUUCGAUCAGAGGUUUUGACGUAAUAGACACCAUCAAGUCUCAAGUUGAGAGCUUAUGCCCCGGUGUUGUCUCUUGUGCUGAUAUCGUCGCUGUAGCUGCAAGAGACUCAGUUGUUGCUCUUGGUGGACCUAGUUGGACAGUGCAAUUGGGCAGAAGAGACUCAACCACAGCAAGUUUAAGUGGUGCUAACUCAGAAUUGCCAAGUCCAAAUUCGGAUUUAAGUGGCCUUAUCACUUCUUUCUCCAACCAAGGUUUCACAACUAAUGAAAUGGUUACUCUUUCAGGAGCGCACACAAUUGGCCAAGCGAGGUGUACAACCUUCAGAACAAGGAUUUACAAUGAAACCAACAUAGAUUCCUCUUUUGCAAAAUCAUUGCAAGCAAAUUGUCCAAGCACAGGUGGGGAUGACAAUUUGUCCCCUCUUGAUGUCACAACUCCUAACACCUUUGACAAUGCUUACUACAAGAAUUUGCAGAUCAAAGAGGGGCUCUUGCACUCAGAUCAACAACUUUUCAAUGGAGGAUCCACAGACUCUCAAGUGAAUGGUUAUAGCAGCAAUCCUGGAAGUUUCAGAAAAGAUUUUGCCAAUGCAAUGGUUAAAAUGGGUAAUCUUAGCCCACUCACUGGGUCGAAUGGCCAGAUUAGGACCAACUGUAGGACGAUCAACUGA